AGGCGCCGAGCCCGAUGGGGAAGUCGGACCCUGACUGCGUCAACUCGUCGAACCCGUUCCACGAGUGCUCCGACUACUGCCACCGCAAGAUCGCCGAGGCCAAGCGGCGCCUCCUCGAGGAGCAGGAGUCGUGGAAGAAGCCCGCGGCGGAGCGCACGGUGCACCCCGACUGCGUCAACGCCUCCAACCCCUACCAUGACUGCUCCGAGUUUUGCUUCAAGAACAUCGCCAACGCCAAAGCAGCGUUGGAGCGUGGGGAGCAAGAGCCGGCUGCCGGAGGCUCUGGCAAAUCGGAGGUUGCGCCGGAGCAGGCUGACGGUGAUGAUGGUUCCGAGCAGCAGGAGGAUGCAGCCGCUAAUGACGGUUACCCCCAGAUGACUGAAAAGCAGAAGAAGCUCUUUCAGCUGCAGCUUAAGAUGAACGAAGCUAGGAAGGCGAACCAGCAGGCGAUGGUUGCGGAGAAGAAGAGGAUGGAGCCUCGUGGCGAGAGCAAAGGCGUAUCCAAGGAGAAGUGGCUGGAAGAGAGGAAGAAGAAGAUCGGGAGGCUGCUCGACUCGAAUGGCCUGGACAUGUCCAAGUCUUACAUGCUUGACACACAGGACAUGGCAGAAGCAAAAUACAAGAAGUGGGAGAAAGAACCUGCGCCAGAUGGCUGGGAUGUUUUCAACCAGAAAACCUUGUAUACUGCAUACAAGAAGAGGACCAAGAAUAUAGAAGUCAACAUGGAUGCAUACAAUAGGGCGAAAGAAACCGAUCCUGAAUUCUACCGCGAGGCUUCAAGUCUUCAAUAUGGCAAGGUGUCUAAGGUGGCGGAACCAAACAUUGACCGAAUGGUUAAUGAGCUCAAGGAGCGGGAUGAGAAACGGAAAUCAUUCAGCAGGAGACGCAAGUUCAAUGAAGACAAGGACAUUGACUCGAUCAACGACCGGAACGAGCACUUCAACAAGAAGAUUGAGAGGGCCUUUGGCAAAUACACGCUUGAGAUCAAGAACAACUUGGAAAGAGGGACUGCCUUGCCAGAUUAAUAUCCUUGUCCAAUGUUUGGGCGUUUGGAGCUAUCCACUCAACUUGAAGUGUGGAGCCUGCUGUUUCUUCCACUGGUUUCCUUGCUUGCAACUUGUGUCAGAAGCUUUUACUGAAUUGUAAGAAUGUGAUACUUGAUUGUAAUGUAAUGAUGCUGAGACUGGUGACAUGUACAAACAGUUCUGUAUCCAAAGUGAAAUCCAAGUUUCCAUUA